AAUCACCAAUCCGCCGGUGACCAUCCCGAUUUCAUUGCCUCAUAUAUUCAAUCAGAGCUGGCCAAGGGCCGCUACACUGGACCGUUUUCUCCUGACCGCUUGGAGCAGAUCAUAGGUUUCUUUUGCACCGGUCCUCUGGGGGUCAUCCCCAAGCCGGGUUCCUCUAAAUUUCACCUCGUUCAAGACCAU